AUUGUGACUCUGAUACACUGGGAGGAUGGACUGUGCGGCAGGGGAGCAUGUCGCUGAGCUGCCUGAUUAAAAACAGGAAGUGUAAGAGGAAGUCUAGGGAAUUGGUUUAACCUUGCGUGAAGAGAUUAUUGCUCAAUAAUUAGUCACAAUCAAAACUGUGUCAUUUUCCGAGUGACUCUCUGAGCUUAGUUGUCAUUUACUGGAUUUCUUGUUGCUUCUUUGUGACAUUUCACAUCAUAAAUAUUCAUAACAGAACAUUUCUAUCACCUUGUAUCUGUACUUUCAUUUUAUCUUUCCUGUGUUCAGCCUGAGGUAAUAUUGCUACAACUGUAGAGACAGCCUCUGGGGGUUGUCAUUUCCAGCAAUAUUACUGUUCGACUGCCUCCACGAAGCAGCAUCAUAUUGUUCUUGGUUGGGAUAGUCAGACUUUGGGAUGUGAGGAAAAGCCCCUGAGGGGAAAGCUGGACCCUGAAACUUAGAUGGAAAUUAUCCACUUUUAGUACGAGGGCUUGGCUUCAUGUAGCAUUCCAGGCAGAGUUGGAAUGCACCAGUUGAGAUAUCAGCUUCCAUCCUCAACACCCAAGGCUGAUGUCAGUGGAUGAGGUGGGCGGUUCUCCACAUCUCAUCAUGGACCUCAACCCUUGGCCAUACCUUCAUCACAAAACCACCCCUUCGGCUGGCUCCUGCUCAACAACAUCCCCCUGUGUCUGAGUGAAGACACCUGGGACUCGCAGACUGCUGACAACAUGACACAGAUGGACUACAAAUACAGCCUGCUGGGCUCCACGGUGGACGACUAUCGGAAGAGGCCGCUGAUCCUGCAGGUGGAUGACACGCCGAUGAACCUGUUCGCAAUCCUGGAGGUGAAACGGGAGCUGCCGAGGCGUUGGAACACCUUAGGUUGCUUUCGUAAGAUCCGGCUCUACAGCUUCCUGUUUGGCCUGGCUGUAAUGUUCCUUAUUAUGGCUUCGUACAUUCUGACAGGAGACAAGAAGGGUCUCCUACUCACGCCAUCCCCAUAUCACUUCAGCAGCCUGGUCAGCCCAGGACCUUUUGCCUUCAAUCUCUCCUCAGUCAAGGACUAUGCACAUAUCAAGCUGGUGGUGAAGUCUAUCACAUCCAAGGUGGAGUUUCGUAGCAGGCGGCAGCUUCCAGAGUUCAAGGAGCUGGUCAACAGUGAGCCUCAUAUGUUUUCUGUUAUCCCCCGCAAAUUCCUUCCUGGCAUCAAGAACCCUUGCUGGUACGAGGAAUACUCUGGGAAUAUCACUUUGGACCCUUACAGGACAAACUUGUACGCACGCUACUCCAGGCGCUUCCGGACGGUGUUUCAGCACUUGAGGAACACUUUCCGGGAACACUUGUUCCACCGCGAUGGGAAACUCUACCGCAUGCGGUGCCUUCCUUAUUUCUAUAUCAUUGGACAACCAAAGUGCGGCACCACGGACUUGUACGACAGACUGAGGCUGCACCCGGACGUCAAGUUCACCACCUUUAAAGAGCCACAUUGGUGGACCCGCAAGAGGUUUGGCAUCAUUCGUCUCAGCGAGGGCUUUCAUGAUCGAUACCCAGUGGAGGACUAUCUGGACUUGUUCGAUCAGGCUGCGUACCAAAUCCAGGGCAACCUCACAGCAAACGCCAGUGGAAGCCCCAGCCAGCCUGACAUCAUCAUAGGAGAAGCCAGCGCAUCCACUAUGUGGGAUAACAACGCCUGGGUGUAUUUCUAUGACAACACCACAGAGGGGGAGCCUCCGUUCCUUAUCCAGGACUUCGUCCAUGCCCUGCAGCCUGACGCCCGCUUCAUCGUCAUGCUAAGGGACCCCGUGGAGAGGCUCUACUCUGACUACCUGUACUUCGGUAUUGCCAAUAAGUCUGCAGAGGAUUUCCAUGAGAAGGUGUCGGAGUCGCUGCAGUUAUUUGAGGGGUGCCUUACGGAGUACACAAUGCGCUCCUGUGUGUACAACACUACUGUCAACAAUGCCAUGCCAGUCAGAUUGCAAGUGGGCCUCUACAUUGUGUACCUGAUAGACUGGCUGACCGUCUUCAGCAGGGAACAGAUCCUGGUCCUGAGGCUGGAAGACCACGCUUCUAACAGGAAAUACACGAUGCACAGAGUCUUUGACUUUCUCAGCCUGGGGCCGCUGACAAAAGAAAUAGAGUCAGAGAUCACAAGAAGUCCAGCUUCAAACACCAGGAGGCCGGCUGACAAAAACCUGGGACCCAUGCUUUCCAUCACUAAAGAGAUCCUGCGGGAAUUCUACACGCCAUUCAACGAGAAACUGGCCAAAGUGCUGCGCAAUGACUCCUUCCUCUGGGAGAAUGACUCUUGACUCCUCUUUGCUUCAGUACAAAGAAACCACUGACGUGUCAGCCAGCCCCUUCUUUUCAGUUUCAUCUCGCUCAAGUGCCCAUGGAAAUCAAUGUUUUUUUAUUUAAAUUAUUUUUUAAGUUAUAACAGCAGAGAUGAUUCAAAGACAGAAAAUAGCACAAAGAGAGAGUGGUGAUUUAGUGACGUGUGUGUGUUUGAGUGAGUGCAAGAGAGAAAGGUCAGUAAGUCUUGGAUGUUGUUUUUUUUCUCUGUGACCAGAUGUAAAAAAUUAAAUAGUGAAUUUAAAGAUA